UGGGAGGGAGCUCAGAGGUAGACGAAGAUGGCGUUUCCAGUCGCAACGAGGACUCAGCGCGAGCAAUGGAUGGUCGAGAGUGAGGUACUCCGGAUAUACAAUCACUUCGAGGGCCUACCCCUCAGCGACCAAACCCGAAAGUUGAAACUUAAGCGGGAUGAUCACAUAAACUACUUGAUGAGAGGUCUCGGAAUACUGCCGGCCUCGUUCUCAUCUUUGGAUGCUAAUCGACCAUGGAUGUGUUACUGGAUUUUGCACUCGUUGGCUUUACUUGGGGCGCCUGUUGAGGAUGGAUUGAAGAAUAUAAUCAUUGACUUCCUCCGCCGUUGUCAGGACAAGAAUGGUGGAUUUGGCGGCGGACCUGGACAGAUGCCACAUCUUGCAACAACUUAUGCUGCAGUCAGUGCACUGAUUACUCUGGGAGGUCGUAGAGCUCUUUCAUCAAUUAAUAGACGCGAACUGUACACGUUUCUGCGGCGAAUGAAACAACCAAGCGGGGGCUUCAGGAUGCAUGAUGCUGGAGAAAUUGAUAUUCGGGCUUGCUACACUGCCAUUUCUGUAGCAAGUGUUUUGAACAUUCUGGAUCAUGAACUGGUUGAUAAUGUUGGUAAUUACAUUUUAAGUUGUCAGACUUAUGAAGGUGGUAUAUCUGGGGAACCUGGCUCUGAAGCUCAUGGUGGGUACACCUAUUGUGGGCUGGCAACAAUGAUUCUGAUUAAUGAGGUCAAUCAUUUGAACUUGCCUAGACUAAUUGAUUGGUUGGUCUUUCGACAUGGGGUGGAAUUUGGAUUUCAGGGGAGGACUAAUAAGUUGGUUGAUGGUUGCUACUCUUUCUGGCAGGGAGGUGCUUUUGCAUUAUUACAAAGACUACCUUCAGUUAGUGCGGAGCAAAUUGUGCUCCCAGAUGUGGGACACUGCAGUUUGGAUACAUCACACACUUCUACAACAGCUCAUAUAUCUGAAGUGGGCAAAAUUUCUAAAGGCACUUCAUCUCAGGUUGAUGACACUGGGGGUUUUAGACAGGAAGGGUUGAAUGUUCCCUUUCCAGUGAAUUACAGUGAUAUUGGAUAUGAUUUUAUCAACAGAAGCGUAGAAACGAAGCCGCUUUUCGAUGCCGUUGCAUUGCAGCAGUACAUACUCUUGUGCACACAGGCAGAGAAUGGUGGACUGAUAGACAAACCUGGCAAAAAUAAAGAUUUUUAUCACACAUGUUAUUGCCUAAGUGGUCUCUCGGUAUGUCAGCAUAUCUGCUCAGACGCUGGAUCUCCAGUUAUGGCUCGAGCAAUUAAAGGUCCCUCUUCCAAUCUGUUGAUCCCAAUUCAUCCUCUCUUCAACGUUGUCUUAGAUCAGUACAAUGAAGCGCGAGAAUUCUUCACAACACACUAGGCAGUAUCCAACUUCAAGGAAAAAGCACUUUAAUCCCUUACCCCUGUAGUGACGACAGACGAUGGUAUGCAGAACCUAUGGCUGAUCACCUUUCAAUAAUGGGCGUCCCACUAGAUGAGCAGCCUAACAGUUCUUGGAAGACUAUUUCAGGUGGUUCAAGUUGCACGCCCCCUGCGGCUUGUCAAUGUCGUAAUAGCUGACAUUACAGCGUGCUUAUUGGGUGGUUUUCGUGACGAUGCUACCGUUCAUAGACUUAUAAUGGAGUGUUCUGAUCUUCAACUUAAGAUGGAUUAUCAGCAUGAAUCGGGCUUUGAAUUGCUUCCAUUGCGUGAUGUUGACUAUCAU